AUGGUCAAAUACUACCCGUCCAUCAGCCCAGACUUCCAGGACUGGAUCCUCGCCCAGCCCGUCUUCUUCGUCGCCUCCGCUCCCCUGACCGGGAAACACAUCAACGUCUCCCCCAAGGGCCUCCCCUCCUCCUCCCUGUCCGUUCUCAACCCCAACGAGGUCGCCUACAUCGAUUCGACGGGCUCCGGCAACGAGACUCUCAGCCACAUCCGCGAGAAUGGACGGUGCACGAUCAUGUUCUGCUCGUUCGACGUGAGCCCGCGGAUCAUGAGGCUGUUCUGCCGCGGGGAGGUCGCCGAGUGGAACGAGCCUGCCUUCCAGACGAUGCUCGGGAGGAUGGCGUUGGAGAAGGAGUUCGUGCAGGGGGCGCGGGCGGUGAUGAGGUUGGAUGUUUUCAAGGUCCAAACAUCGUGUGGGUUCGGUGUUCCCCGCCUCGCACUGACCACCGAUCCCAAAACCAACGAGCCGAAACCCUACCUGGAAGACCGACGCGCCCUCGGUCACUUCGCCGCAGUGGUAGUGGCGAAGAACCAAAUUCACACAUACCAGCGAGAUUUCAAUGCCGACAGCCUGGAUGGCCUCCCGGGCAUGAAGGCCGCCAUGAGAGAUCGUGGGAUGCGGGCCGUCGAUGCCCGCAUAUGGCUAUGUAGACAGCGAAGGGCCCUGGAGCUGGUCGGGGUGACUCUGUUGUCGACAUGUUUGACGGUGGCGGUGAUGUGGGUAAAUGGGUGGACGAGGUUCUGA